CCGCCCAACUCGGAUCUGAUCUCCUCAGCCGUCCAGGAUGGAGUCCAUGGCGUCCCGUACCCUCCUCCUGCUGCUCGCGGGGGCCCUGGCCCUGACCAAGACCCGGGCGGGCUCCCACUCACUGAUGUAUUUCAUCACCGCCGUGUCCCUGCCCGAACUCGGGGAGCCCCGCUUCAUCGCCGUGGGCUACGUGGACGACACGCAGUUCGUGCGCUUCGACAGCGACGCCAAGAACCCGAGGAUGGAGCAGCGGGCGCCGUGGAUGCAGCAGGUGGGGCAGGAGUACUGGAAGGACCACGAACAGCUUGCUAAGAAGCACACAAAGGAUUUACGCGGCUACCUGAGCGACCUGCGCAGCUACUACAACCAGAGCGAGGAAGACCCUCACACGCUCCAGCAUCUCUACGGCUGCGAGGUCGGGGAAGAUGGGCGCUUCCUCCACGGGUACUCAAGGUUCGCAUACGAUGGCAAGCAACACAUCUUCCUGAAUGAGGACCUGCGCACCUGGAUUGUUGCUGACAAGCAAGCUCAGAUCACCAAGCGCAAGUGGAAGAAUGCAGGUGUGGCUGAGCAGCACAGAGCCUACUUAAAGUGGCAAUGUGUGAAGUGGCUGAGAAGAUUCCUGGAGUUGGAGGAGAGACUAAACCGCACAGACCCACCCACAGCACAUGUGACUCACCACCCAGUCUCUGACCAGAAGGCCACCCUGAGGUGCUGGGCCCUGGGCUUCUACCCCAAGGACAUCACACUCACCUGGCAGCGGGAUGGGGAGGACCUGACCCAGGACAUGAAGCUGGUGGAGACCAGGCCUGCAGGGGAUGGAACCUUCCAGAAGUGGGCAGCUGUGCUGGUGCCUUCUGGAGAGGAGCAGAGAUACACAUGCCACGUAUACCAUGAGGGGCUGCCUGAGCCCCUCACCCUGAGAUGGGAGCCUCCUCGGUUCACCGUAUCUGUGUGGGGAGUCAUCGCUGGCCUGGUCCUCCUGGCAGCUGUGCUCAUUGGAGCUGUGGUCACUGCUGUGAUGAUAAAGAGGAAGUGCUCAGGUGGGAAAGCAGGGAGCUACACUAGGACUAUAGGUGGGGACAGUGUCCAUGGCUCUGACAGCUCAAUCAUAGCUUCAAUGGCAUCUGAGUGUGUUCCUGUGAGCACAGCGUGAUGUUGGGACCUGGCCUUCCUACCCAACCUGGGCACCUCUAUCUGUCUCAGGGCAGGUGGACCUGCUGCAACUUCAUCCUUCCUGUGCAAACCUAAACAACAUAACAUUUUUUCCAAUUCCAAUUAGGAUGUUUUGGUGGAAAAUUUUAAAGAAAAUUUCAAAAAUUGGACAGAAAAAAUAAACAGAAACACCAAGAACCUUCCUGAAAA